AUGAAGGGUAUUUCGGCUUUCACCGCUGCGGUGCUGCUAGGUCGGGCUACCGCGGCGCCGCCUGGCCCACCUGCCAGAGUGGUUGAGCCACGGGCGGUCCCAACCGUAACUAUUUCCUCGGGCACUGUCAUCGGCUCCAGUCGCCUGGGUACCGAGGCCUUCAACGGGAUCCCUUUUGCUCUCCCCCCUGUCGGCCCGCUGCGGCUCAAGCCGCCGGUGAAACUCAACUCAUCCAUCGGUGUCUUCGACGGCACGGGGAUCGCUCCCGCCUGCCCACAGUUCCUGGCUGACUCGGACUCGAAUUCUUUUCUCGAUCAGGUGAUUGACCUCGUCGGGAACUCCCCUCUCUUCCAGAAGGCCCUCAAGGUCUCUGAGGACUGCCUGACGGUGAACGUCAUUCGGCCAACGGGCACCAAGGCUGGUGACAAGCUGCCCGUGCUGUUCUGGAUCUUUGGAGGAGGCUUCGAGCUCGGGUGGACCUCAAUGUAUGAUGCCGGUCCGCUAGUUGCAAACGCCGUCCAGAUGGGUAAGCCUUACAUCUUUGUGGCGGUCAACUACCGCGUAGGUGGCUUUGGAUUUAUGCCUGGCAAAGAGAUCCUCAACGAUGGCGCAGCCAACCUUGGCCUUCUCGACCAGCGCAUGGGCUUGGAGUGGGUUGCUGACAAUAUCGCUGCUUUUGGCGGCGACCCGGACAAGGUGACCAUUUGGGGCGAGUCUGCGGGCGCUAUUUCGGUCUUUGAUCAGAUGGCACUCUUCGACGGCAACAACAAGUACAAGGGCAAGCCCCUCUUCCGGGCCGGCAUCAUGAACUCCGGCAGUCUCGUCCCUGCCGACCCCGUCGACUGCCCCAAGGGACAGGCAACCUACAAUGCGGUAGUGGCCAAGGCCGGCUGUGCCGGGGCCAAGGACACGCUGGCCUGUCUACGUGCCCUUCCCUACGAGAAAUUCCUCGAGGCGGCGAACUCGGUUCCUGGGAUAUUGUCCUACAGCUCCGUUGCCCUCUCGUACCUACCCCGGCCUGAUGGCAAGGUGCUCACCAAGAGCCCGGAUGUUUUAGUCCAGGAGGGAAAGUACGCGGCCGUGCCCAUGAUCAUCGGCGAUCAGGAGGACGAGGGCACACUCUUCUCGCUCUUCCAGUCCAACACCACAUCCUCUGACAAGCUGAUUGUUGAUUAUCUCAGCGGUCUGAUGUUCCACAGUGCCAGUCGGGAACAGCUCGCCGGACUUGUCGCCAAAUACCCCAACUGGAUUACCGAAGGGUCCCCGUUCCGCACCGGCAUAUUCAACGAGAUCUACCCGGGCUUCAAGCGGAUGGCUGCCAUUCUCGGCGACUUGGUCUUCACCCUGAGUCGCCGGGCCUUCCUCGAGCGCGCCGUCAGUACCAACCCCACGGUGCCUGCUUGGUCCUACCUGGCCAGCUACAACUACGGCACCCCGAUCCUGGGCACCUUCCAUGGGAGUGAUAUCCUGCAGGUCUUUUACGGCAUUCUGCCCAACUACGCAAGCAAGAGCAUCCAGAGCUUCUACGCCAAUUUUGUAUACAACAUGGACCCUAACGACUCCUCGGGCGGCACUAGCAGCCGCGGCAGCAAGGUCGCCGAGAACUGGCCGCGCUGGACCGGACAGCGGCGGACACUCAUUCAGUUUUACGCCGAUCGGAACGAAUACCUCGAGGAUGACUUCCGGUCCGAGGCGGCUCAGUACAUCUCCGGGAUUGCAGGUUCGCUUUAUGUCUAG